CCUCCGGCGCAGCGGUGCAACUGCUCGCGAAGUCCUCCUCAACCCCGCGCGUCGUCGCCGUGCCUCCUCGACGCCGUCCCCCCCCCCCCCUCGCGUCCUCCCGCACCUUUUAGCGCUCCGCUCCGCUCGGCGUGUCGCCGACGACGCCGGCCACCUCGAGCGUGACCCCACUGCCGCCGUGGUGUCCUCCCCCCUGCGCGUGUGUGUGUGUCAAGUGUUGUGCGUGUGUGUGUGAUGCGCUGACGGCAUGGCGGGUGCGUCGUCAGGCUCUCACCUGGUGUGGCUGGUGCUGCUGCUGCUGCGCGGCGGCCGCGCGGCCGGCGCCUCGGCGAGGACGUGCCGCCAGGAUGAUGUGACGUUUGAGCUCAUCACGGGCUUCGUGUACUCGGCGCCCAAGGACGUGCUGGACACGCGCACCGGCACCCUCAAGCUGUCCGAGUGCAUCGCCGCCUGCCAGGAGCACGGCGACUGCCAGAGCCUCAACUUCGAGACCGGCCUCUGCGUCCUCUUCUCGUCCAGCGCCGAGACGCAUCCAGGAGGGCUGGCCAAGUCGCAGUUCCCCGUCUUCACGCUCUUCGCGCAGAGGACGUGCCUGAGGGGCGCCAACGCGGUGGCCGGCGCGGGCGCCAAGGCGGGCGGCGUCACCGGCCGCCACUGGGCCUUCGAGACGGUGCGCGGCCACGUCCUCAGGACGUCGGUGCGGCGCCACCACCGCGUGGCCUCCCGCAGGGACUGCAUGCAGCUGUGCCUGGACCAGCGGGACUUCGUCUGCAGGUCCGCCAACUUCCACCACGACUCGGGUGACUGCUCCAUGAGCGACAUGGACCGCUUCACUGUGUCGGGGCUGAGCAGCCUCACGCCCGAGGACCGCAUCGACUACCUCGAGUCCAACUGCGUGAGCGACCCCAUCAAGAUGUGCGACUUCACGGAGCAGCCGGGCCGCAUCCUCAAGACGGUGGACUCGGUGCACCAGGAGGUCGCCACCCUGGCCGAGUGCCGGAAGCUGUGCCUGCAGAGCACCGAGUUCCGCUGUCACAGCUUCGACUACGAGGACACCGGGCCCAAGGUGUGCCGGCUCUCGCACCACGCCGCCCCGAGCCUCCAGCACAUCGAGGAGCCGUACCUGGAGCUGGACAAGGCGGUCACGUACCAGCUCACGGCCUGCUACAACGUCACCAUCGACUGCAGGGGGACGGACAUGGUGGCCCGCGUCCAGACCAACAAGGUGUUCAACGGCAAGGUGUACGCCAAAACGCGGCCCAACUCGUGCGUCUCCGACGUGGUCAACAGCCUCGACUUCCAGCUCAAGCUGGGCUAUCACGAUCUCAACUGCGACGUGAAGCAGGAGGCCCCGGGGAAGUUCUCUGCCGAUAUCAUCAUCCAGCACCACGACCAGAUAGUGACGGGGCAGGACGUGGGCCUGUCGGCGCGCUGCUCCUACUCGCUGGAGAACAGCACGGUCGGGCACGGCGUGCGGCUCGAGGUGGCCGGCGAGCCCGGCGGCGGCGGCGGCGGCGCGGGCGCGGGCGUGGCCGGCGGAGGCGGCACGGUGCAGCCCCAGGAGACGACGUACGUCGUGUCGCCCACGGUCACCAUGCGCAUCACCGACCGGCGGGGCGAGGACAUUCACACGGCGCAGGUCGGCGACGCGCUCAGCCUGCGCUUCUACAUCCUGGACCAGCACACGCCGUACCAGAUCUUCGUGCGCGAGCUCAUCGCCCUGGACGGCGUCGACUCGUCCGAGAUCCUGCUCAUCGACAGCCUGGGCUGCCCGACGGACCCCACCAUCAUGGGCGCCAUCUCGACCGUGGAGCAGGCCGACGGCGCGCAGGUGCUGCAGGCGCCGUUCGACGCCUUCAAGUUCCCGACGUCGGACGUGGUGCAGUUCAAGGCGCUCGUCACGCCCUGCCUGCCCAAGUGCGAGCCGGUGGUGUGCGACGUGGAGGACUACUACGGCACGGUGCGGCGCGUCGACUCGUACGGCCGGCGGCGGCGCAGGGAGGUCGGCGGCAAGCAGAGCAAGGACGUGGCCAAGGACGACGACGUGCUGCUCGUGCAGAGCAUCCGCAUCGCCGACAAGUUCCAGUUCGACACGAACGGCGGGGGCGCGGCGCGCGCGCCCAAGGACGCCGUCGGCCUGGGCGCCGGCCACCGCCAGAACCUGCUGCGCGGCGACGACCCCUACCUGCACGCGCGGCCCAGCGUGCACCGGAGCUGCGUGACGGCGUCCAGCCUGCUGCUGUCCGCCGCCGUGUUCCUCGGGCUGCAGCUGCUGCUGGCGGCCGGCUGGGUGUACCUGUGGCGGCCGCGGGAGUCUGCGGCCGCGGGCCACCACCAGGUCGCCGUCAGCCGGGCCGCCCGCUCGCGGGGCAGCGCGGCCAGCGUGUCGAGCAGCCGGGGGAGCAGCUGUCGCUCCGUGCUGGCCUACCACUCGCACCCGCCGCACUGGCAGCGGUUCUACCACACGCCCUGAGGUCCCCCCCGGGGGGCCCGGCCCUGCCCGGCGUUUAACGAAAAUGACUCUCGUCGCGGACGGUCGACAUCGUUUGGAACUUUCAUGACUCCUCCUCAUGGCGGGCGGAUGGCGGGUCAAUCCGUUUAGUGAACCGGUGGCCUUUCGUGCCGCCGUAUCCGGCCCGCCCCGACAACGGCCCUUCCCUGCUGCAGCUCGGCCACGACGCGCGGCCCACCCGCCCGCUUUUGGGCGCUGCGCCGGCGAGGCAGGGCUGGGCGGGAUGGAGAGCGGGCCGCGCUGCGCAGGCACGACGCGAAAGGGACGCGCCAGGACGACGACGGCGACGACGUCGACGACGUACGAUAUCGCUGCGUUUUCAUCUUGACUUGUCAGCGGGCACGGCCCAUUUACGGUGGCAGCAGUCGGGUGCGCGAGCGAGCGGCGCGGGGCAGCGUCGUCGUGGAGCCCCUGCUCCUCUCGCUCUCCCCGUCGCCGCCCUGUCCCUCCCCCGCACCGCACGGUGCGGCGCAUCCUGCCCCGCCUGGCUGAGACGUACAUGGGGCGUCCCUUCCCCGCGCCGCCGCGUCCCGCUCCGCAGAAACUAUCCUUCGUCCUCCUCCUCCUCCCUCGCUCUGAACCUUCUCGUCCUCCGCCUCCUCCCGGCGCCUCAAACGGAUGUCGACGCGUCCGUCGUCGAUACAAUCGAUACAUCGAUACUGCGAGCGAUGCAUCGCCCGCGCGCUGCUGCUCCGCCCAGCUGUGGCACGGCGGCGGCGGCGGCGGCGGCGGCACAAGCCUGACAUCGGUAACUGCGUCUGGGUGAACGGUGUUCCACGGAGGGCUGGCCGCCCCGGCCCGCCCCGCCCCGCCCGCACGGAGAGCCGCCCGUCACAUCACCUGGGCGAUGCGCGCAGUGCGUAUGGGGCCUGGGGCCUCACCGCCACACACUGCCGCUCCCUGCUCUCGCUCUUUCGCUCCGGCGGCUUCCGGUGCGCAGGGGAAGUCCCACCACCCCGGACUCUCUUAUCCCCCCUGCUCACCGCUCCGUCCCAUCAAUGAAACGAAAUGAGAUUUCGCGUAAUGGAAAGAGACGGGAGGCGUCGUGGAGGCGGCGGCCAGUCGACUCGCCCUGGUAGGUGAGGCCCGUCAGGAGAGCCUCGAGGGCCAACGCGCGCGGCGCGCCUCGGAGCCCGGUAAUCGACCGUGGGAAUGCUGUGUUUGCAUCCCCGCGCUCGGACACCGGGCCGGAUCCUUUUUGUAAAAGACCACGACUUACUUACUUUCCCCCUUCGCAUCCUCCUCUUCCUCCUCCCCGAGUGUUGAUUAAUUAAUUUAUUUAUUUAUUUUGAUUUUAAUAUUUAUUUUUGAUGUUUUAUUUAUUUUAAUUUAUUUGUGACGUAGAUUAAACAAUUUGUGUUGUAUUUGGGCGCGAGUGUUAUUUAUGUGUGUUUUUAAUUAAACUCUUUAUGUGUGCGUUACUCGAGAGUGACUGAAACCAUCGUCUAAGUUUGGUUGUCUAAAAGUUUGUAUUGUCUUUGUGAUAUCAUGUUUAUAGGCAUGUGUGACUGUAAGAUUCCAAUAUAACUUUGUUCUUCUAAUGAAGCCAAAACUGUAUCCUUCUAACUUCUUUUAAGCGCAAUACAACAUUCCCCAUCCAGCAUGGGCCAAUUUCUGUGAUGAAAGCUAUCUACAGAAUUAAGAUUACUAGAUUUCACUGUUAUUUUUUAUUCAUUUAUCAAAAAUAAGAAGUUCUUAGGUGGAAUGUAAAAAUUGACAAAUAUAUUAACAAAAAUCACUGUGUAUUUGAAAAAAUGUAACAGGAAAGGAUUAUUUUUUUGUAAACAUAAAACAUAAAUUAACAAAAAUUGUUUAACUUAAAGGAGCAAUGGUUAAACAACCCUAGUUUUUCAUAUAGGAAUUAGCCGUGCACAUGUUUACAAAGUCCCUACGUGAUCUAGAAAAAUGUAACAAAAAAUGUAAUUUUAUUUUAAACAUAAAUCAACAAAGUUAUGAAACUUUAAGAGCAUUGGUUACAAAACCCUGUUGUACUGGUAAAAAUCGACCAUUUAGAAAUACAAUAAACUGCAUUCAAGCAACAACAACAAA